AUGUCUCACGCUCUUCGAAUAGCAGUAUGUAGUUCAACUACUAAUACACAAUCUACAGCAAUAUGUCUUCCUGGUAUCGAUCAUCAAACAUUUUCGGAUAUUAAUGAUCUUAAAAAUCAUGUAGUUACUCAUUCGAAUUCAUAUUCUUUUAUUGUAUUACUUAUGGAUUUAAAUGAUCAAAAUUCACGAGUACAUUUAGAAGAUCUAAAAAGACAACAUCAUGUAUUUGCUAUUUUUAUAUGUAUAAAACCAAAAUGUAAUGCAUUAGUUCAUGGUAAUAAUGUUUUUCCUGUUAUUAAAGAACUUAUAGCAUAUAAAAUAAAGUCAAGUGUUGUUAAAUUUUUUGAAGACACAUCUAGAAAAUUACUUGCAUUAAAUCAUAUAGGUCCUGCAUUUAUUUUAAAAGAAAAAGCUAAUGUUUUAAAACAACAGCAUUUUACAAAUGGAAAGAUAAACGCUUGUCAUAUAUUAAUUAUUCCAUUGAACACAACUGAUGAAAAUUUAUAUGACUGUCAAGAACGUCUCAUACAUUUAUGUAAUAAUUUAUUUGAUGAUUAUGAACUGACAGUUUACACAUUGUAUGAUUAUUUACCAUCAAAUGAACGUAUUGAUUUUAAUGAAAAUCCAUAUGCAGAUAUUAUUUAUAAUUAUGUGAAAAAACUUUCACCAAUUCGAGUGUAUCUAAUUGGAAAUGAAAAUUAUAUUCCUAAUUCAACCAGUAAAUAUUUCUUUGAAAAUGAGAUAGAUGAUGGUGCUGUAGCUGAUGAAUAUGAUACCACACCUACACUUGUUGAAAAUGAACCAAUUAAUGAAUCUAUUACACAGAAUUUACCAAAUGUGCUUGAUGUUAGACGACCAGUAACAAAUCUGAUCAUAAAACAAUUACAUCAAAUUGAAAAUGAUAUUAAAUUUCCUGCUGCUCUUGAACGUGCCAAUCUUACUAUUCAAAGACGUGAAAUGGUUGCUGAUAUUGAACUACAACAACGAGCUGAAGAUUGUUUAGAAAGUUCUUUCGAGUUUAGCACUUCAUUUCAUAUGAUUAGGCAAGCUGAAAAUGGUGCUACGAACCAUAGUGAUGAUACUAGUGAUAGCAAUAUUAACAAUAGGAUUCAAUAUGAAUCUACACAAUUUUUUGUCUAA